GGAGAAAUCACAUCUGAUCCAAAGGCGACUCUCCAGGAAUUUCAGGCAUCCCAAAUCCAGAUCCAGGAAUCCGAGGUCUGUAAUCCGCCAUGGCGUCCACAUCAAGUGUGAAGCUGAUUGUCUACGCCCUCGACGUACUUUGCACGUUGCUGGCCUUGGUGCUGAUAUCCUUCGGCAUUUAUGUGGUGGUGUCGUACGAUCUGAACCAAGUCGGGCAGCUAACGGCCUACGCCUACGUGGGACUGGGAGUUGCGGCCCUGGCGGUUGUGUUUUGGGGUUACUUGUCCGCCUGGCGCGAGAAUGUGUGCUGCACAGUAACAUUCAUUGUUUUGCUCUGCCUGGUCAUCAUUGCUCAGUUUGCCGCUGUCUACUUGCUAAUCACUCAAGAGAAGACGGUGGCCUCCAACCUGGCCAAUGCCCUGGAAUCAACAUGGGAGGAGGAACUGAACAGCCCUGGCGCCAUGUCGCUCUACCAGAACUGGUUCCAGUGCUGCGGUCGUGGCAGUCCUCAGGACUAUGUUGUCAACGAACGCCUGCCGCCGGACACCUGUUUCCGGAACCACGACAAGAGCAAGCCCGAGAAUCUGAUCCACACCGGCUGCCGAGUGGAGUUCGAGAACUACUGGCUGCAACUGACCCACAUUUUCAACAUUCUGGCCCUCGUGCUGAUUGGAGUCGAGCUACUGCUCAGUGUCAUCUCUUGCCGCCUGUGCAACGGCAUUCGCAACGAUGCCCGUCGUUCUUACUUCUAAAAAAAGAAAGCACAAAAUACUCAAUUAAGAAUACAUCAAGAGAUUGGCAGUAAAAUUGUUAAAUUUGUAGACACUAUUCAAUUGGUUGAGCGUUUUUCAAAACUGGAAAGACUUGUGUUAAAGUUUUUGAAAUUCAGUAUAUGAUAGUAGCACUCAUAAAAUUACUCACACGUUGAUUUCAGUGGAAACACUGAGGGAACUCACGAAUAUUAUUAAGAAAAGUAAAAUAGUUUUAAUAUUAUUUAUUAAAAGAUAUUUCUAAAUAAAUGAAACGAACCAAAUUUGAAAA